AUGUCCACCCCGUACGCGGCCCACCAGCCAUACUCGAAGACCCUCAAGCCAGCGACCCAAUCGCCGUUUGCGUGGCUGGAGCUUGCUGCGCGGUAUUUGCGCCACCGGCCGUACGUACUGCUGCUGCUGCCGCUGCUGUUGUUCUUCCUUCUGCCCCACUACCACAAGAACCCGCGGGUGGUGAUCAUUCUGGCGGCCAACGAAGGCGGUGGUGUGCAGCGAUGGAAAACCCCGCAGGAAUGGUCUGUGGAGCGGUCGUCAAUCGCUAACAAACGAGAAUAUGCCGAGCAACACGGGUACAUCCUCUCCAUUAAAGACACAGCAUUGAAAAGAAGAUACAGCCACGAAUGGCGCGAAGGCUGGGAAAAGGCAGAUAUUCUCAAACAGACCAUGCGCCAGUAUCCAGAAGCCGAGUGGUUCUGGUGGCUAGACCUUCACACGUUCAUCAUGGAGCCGCAGAUCUCUCUCGAGGAAUACUUAUUCAAAAAUCUGGAAAACCGCACCUACAGAGACCUGUCGUACCACAACCCGCUGCACAUUCCCGUGGACUCACCAUACGUGGACGUCGAGCAUGCUCCUGUGGACUUGGUGCUGGCCCAGGACUGCGGAGGGUUCAACUUAGGAAGCUUUCUGGUGAGACGGUCUGAAUGGACAGAGCUUUUGCUGGACAUCUGGUGGGACCCGGUAUUCUACGAGCAGAUGCACAUGACGUGGGAGCACAAGGAACAGGACUGUCUCGAGACACUGUAUAGAACACAGCCGUGGAUCAGGGAGCGCGUUGGCUUUGUGCCCCUGCGAGCUAUCAAUAGCUUUCCGCCAGGAGCCUGUGCGGAACAGAGAGACGAUCCGCAGUAUUUUUACAACGAGAAGGACCGCGACUUUUUGGUCAACAUGGCAGGUUGCAACUUCGGUGACCGCUCGUGCUGGAACGAGUAUGAGCACUAUAGGAACCUGCAGAAACAGCUCAGGAAGAGCCGGCGGUGGUCAUGGUUACCCGGCUUUUGA